AUGGCCCCAAGAAUCCGGUUUGCUUCCCUGCAAAGCAGAGGCCUGAACCCGUCGGUCGUGCCCCGGGACGACAGCCAGCCCAGCUCCACCUCGUCGGGACUCAUCAUCCUGGGCGCGCUCCUGGGCCUGCUGGUGGCAGUCAUCAUCAUCUGGUGGGCGUGCUGCUGCGGACGGGGACGAUUCGACAGCGACGCCGCCGGCCAGAAGACCAGGAAGAAGGCACGCAUGGAGGUGCGGUUCGUGCGGACGCCGACGCCCUCUCGGCCGCGGACAGGCCACUCCCACUCGGCGCCGGCAAGCGAGGACCACCGGAGGAGGAGAUCCGCCAGCGAGCCGACGGAGAGCGAGCCCUCCACCGAGACCACCGAGACCGAGACGGUGACGUCGGAAUCGGACCCCGGCACACCGUUCACGACCACCUUCGGACCUCUCCCCUUUCUGGCGCCGCCUCAGCCGUUGUACAUGCCAGAGCAGCCAGCACCAGCAUUCACCACCAUCCCGCAAGGGGUAGGGGUAGGAGUAGGAGGAGUAGGAGGAACAACAGGGGUUGAUACCAACAACAACACCGGACCAUUCACGCCCACCUUCGGACCUGCUCCGUACCACAACAACAACAACAACAACAACAAUCAUAACACCAACAUCAGCCUCACGCAACCACCACUAGCACGGACUCACAGCCACAGCCACAGUCAUAACACGGCCAUGUACCAGACCAACGACGCAAUGCGCUACCUGGACCGCGACCAGAUCUCACAACAACACCAACCACCACCAGGAAACGGAGACGGAAGAAGUGGUGGUGGUGGACCAACAAUAGUAUCGUCAGUAUUUCAGGGACUGCAGGGAUUAUUCGGCAGCGGAGGCGGAGGCGGAGGCACAGGAGACGGCCCGAUCGAGACGCCGGUCGGCAGGCAGGCGACUACCAGCCUUCCCCUUCCCCUUCCGCUUGGAGUUGGAGUUGGUCCUGUUCCUGCUACGGCGCAUUUGCAUGGUCAUGGUGUGGAGCAGCAGCAACAGCAGCGGCAGGGACAGGGUGUUGGGAGGUAUCCGGGGAGUCAGUACGGCGCGCUGGGAGGGUGGACGUCUUUCGCUCCGGUGUGA